AGCCAUAUUGAUGAAGGGACUUCCCACCUAACCACGCCUCAGCUCAAACCAGACCACUUGUGCCCUCAAAUAUGCCCUUUUUAGCAAGAACAUUUUUACCAUCUAUGGCAGCCAUCAAUAUCAAAAAGUGAGUUACAGGGAAAAAGUAACAAUGGGAGUACCACCGGAACAUUGCAUUCUUGUACUUCUUUUUUGCUCCUCUUUAUUGCUUAUUGUAGAAACAGCAACUGCUACUGACACCAUAAACACAACUCAUUCCAUUAGAGAUGGUGAUACCAUGGUUUCAGCUGAAGGAACCUAUGUGUUGGGAUUUUUCAGCCCUGGAGAAUCCAAGAACCGAUACGUAGGGAUAUGGUAUGGAAAGAUACCUGUCAUGACUAUAGUUUGGGUUGCCAAUAGAGAGACCCCCCUUAAUGAUUCAUCAGGUGUUUUAGGGCUAACUGACUUGGGAAUUCUUGUCAUUCUCAAUCAGAAUGGGACCAUAAUUUGGUCUUCCAACUCAUCGAGAUCUGCUUCUAAUCCAGCUGCUCAACUUCUGGAUUCAGGAAACCUUGUUGUGAAAGAGGAGGGUGAUACCCUGGAAAAUUCCUUGUGGCAGAGUUUUGAACAUCCAACUGAUACAAUAUUGCCAGGCAUGAAGCUAGGAAGGAAUAGAAUAACUGGCAUGGAGUGGUACAUGACAUCGUGGAAGUCACCAGAUGAUCCUUCCAGAGGUAACUUUACUUGUAUGCUUAUUCCUUACGGAUAUCCUGAGUUGGUUGUGAUGCAAGGUUCAAAAAUGAAGUACAGAUCAGGGCCAUGGGAUGGCCUGCGGUUCAGUGGGAUACCUAACUUGAAACCAAAUCCCGUAUACAAAUUUGAGUUUGUUAUUAGUGAGGAGGAGAUAUUCUACAGAGAAAGUCUAGUUGACAAGUCAAUGCUUUGGAGGUUCACGACAGAUCAGAGUGGCAAUAUCCCGAGCCUCGCUUGGAUAGUGCAAACGCAAAGUUGGUUGCUUUAUGAAACAGCAAACUCAGAUAAUUGUGAUCGCUAUGCACUCUGUGGUGCAAACGGUUUAUGCAAUAUUCAAAGCUCUCCAGUGUGUGAAUGCUUGGAUGGGUUCGUACCAAAAAUUCCAACAGACUGGGCGGUGACAGUAUGGUCAAGUGGCUGUGUUAGAAGGACUCCACUUAAUUGUUCUGGAGAUGGGUUUCGAAAGCUCUCUGGAGUGAAGAUGCCUGAGACAAAAGCGUCAUGGUUUGACAAGAGUUUGGAUCUUGAGGAAUGCAAGAGCAUGUGCUUGAAGAACUGCAGCUGUACAGCAUAUUCAAAUAUGGACAUCAGGGGUGGAGGAAGUGGAUGCUUGCUCUGGUUUGGUGACCUCAUUGAUAAUAGAAGGAUUUCUGAAAACGAGCAAAAUAUUUAUAUCAGGAUGGCUGCAUCCGAACUAGAUAAUGGUGAUGGUGCAGAGAUCAAUGCUGACUCCAAUGUGAAGAAAAUAAUCAUAAUAAGCACUUUGUCUAUAGGAAUUUUUCUCCUUGGACUGGUUUUGGUCUUGUAUGUUUGGAGAAGGAAGCAUCAGAAAAAAGGUAUAUAUCUGCACAGCCUGAACAAACAAAAUUGUGCUGAUGAAACAGAGGACACGCUACUAGAUUGGCCAACACGCUACAACAUCAUCAAUGGAAUAGCUCGUGGACUUCUUUAUCUUCAUCAAGAUUCACGACUAAGAGUAAUUCAUAGGGACCUGAAAGCCAGCAAUAUUCUACUGGAUUAUGAAUUGAACCCAAAGAUUUCAGACUUUGGCCUGGCUAGAAGUUUUGGAGGAAAUGAAAUUGAAGCCAAUACCAUUAAAGUGGCUGGAACAUAUGGCUACAUUUCCCCAGAGUAUGCAAUUGAAGGGCUCUACUCGGUAAAAUCGGAUGUCUUCAGCUUUGGUGUAUUGGUGCUAGAGAUAGUGAGUGGAUAUAAGAACAGGGGGUUCAGUCAUCCAGAACACAGUCUUAACCUUCUAGGGCAUGCUUGGAGACUAUUCCGAGAAGGGAGGCCUAUGGAACUGGUUAGGCAAUCAAUAAUUGAAGCAUGCAAUCUAUCUCAAGUGCUACGUUCAAUUCACGUGGCUCUACUCUGUGUUCAAGAUAAUCGAGAAGAUAGGCCAGACAUGUCAUAUGUGGUUUUGAUGUUGAGUAAUGACAAUAUAUUACCUCAGCCUAAACAUCCAGGUUUUUUUAUUGAAAGGGAUCCAGCUGAAGCAAGUUCAACAGGCGAGAGCACAGCACAUUCAGCUAACAAAUGCUCGAUUACAUUAUUACAGGCAAGGUAGAUCCCAUUUUGUGUUCCUAUCUUUUGUUUCGUCUUGAUGGGUUUGAUUUUGUAUCUUAGAAGCUGUAGUUCCAAUGUUGUGUGGUGAAGGCACAUUGCUCAGCCAAUGCAACCAGAAUCUUUUUUUCCCUGAACGGGAAUUUAUUUUUGUACUAAUAUUAUUUGUUUCAA